GGGAGGGAGCCCAUGGCGUCCAGCGGUAACUGGCUGUCCGGUGUGAAUGUCGUGCUGGUGAUGGCCUACGGGAGCCUGGUAUUUGUACUGCUGUUUAUUUUUGUAAAGAGGCAAAUCAUGCGCUUUGCAAUGAAAUCUAGAAGGGGACCUCACGUCCCUGUGGGACACAAUGCCCCCAAGGACUUGAAAGAGGAGAUUGGUACUCGGCUAUCCAGGGUUCAGGAUAUCAAGUAUGAACCACAGCUCCUUGCAGAUGAUGACACAAGGCUGCUACAGCUGGAAACCCAGGGAAAUCAAAGUUGCUAUAACUAUCUGUAUAGUAUAAAAACUCUGGAUGCCAUCCGUGCCUCUGAGAUCCCAUUUCAUGCUGAAGGCCGGCAUCCUCGUUCCUUAAUGGGCAAGAAUUUCCACUCCUACUUGCUAGAUCUGCAAAACACUAGCACUCCUUUCAAGGGUAUGCACAAGGCCCUCAUUGACACCCUACUGGAUGGCUAUGAGACAGUCUGCUAUGGCACAGGAGUCUUUGGCCAAAGUGAGUACCUGCACUAUCAGGAGGCCCUGAGUGAGCUGGCCACUGUGGUCAAAGCACGAAUUGGGAGCUCUCAGCGACACCAGUCAGCAGCCAAAGACCUGACUCAGUCCCCUGAGGUCUCCCCUACGACCAUCCAGGUGACAUACCUCCCCUCCAGUCAGAAGGGCAAGUGCGCCAAGCACUUUCUGGAAUUGAAGAGCUUCAAGGACAACAACACACUGGAGAGUACUCUGUGAUGGGGCAGAGGGAGGACUCGCUGCAGACUGAGCCAGGCGGUGCCCUCUGCAAGUUGGCCUGCAUGGGGGC